UAAAAGCACUGUAGUUACACCAAAUAAUGGACCCAGCUGUAAUACGGGAUCUAGUGUUGAAUGUUCGCGAACCGGUUGUCCUGCGUAAUGUUAAGAUUCCGUGGUUUUGCAUGGAUCAGCCAUUAUCGGAAUGGUUGAGCCAUUUGGAUGAUUCGAAUCAAAGCGGAGAGGAUGGAUUUCUACUGGACUGUGGUCCGCGGCGGAACGGUCGAAGACCACAGUGGGAGCGGACUCGAGGGAAGAUUCGGAAGACGAUGACCGAGUUCUAUGAAGAAGCCACGGGUGAUGGUGACUAUUUCCGAGAAAACUGGGCAUCCUACAGCUACCGGUACGUCAAUGAACUUCCGGAGCGGUGUCGAAGGGGAGUCAAUUUUGAGGGGUUUGGCUUUCCGGAUGUCGGGGAGGAUGUGUCCUUCUGGAUUGGAUCCGGUGGAGCGCACACUCCAUGCCACUACGACACAUAUGGGUGCAAUAUUGUGGUGCAGGUGCACGGUCGGAAGCGAUGGUUGCUGUUUCCACCGGAGGCGAAACUGAAGGCUACCCGGGUUCCUUAUGAGGAAUCCAGUGUGUAUUGCGAGGAGAAUUUGUACAGUCCGGAGGCGUAUUCCAGGGUCAUUGGAGUCGAAAGCGAAGCAUUCCAUGUCGAUUUGGAACCCGGUAUGGUACUGAUCGUCCCUCCCAAGUGGUGGCACUACGUGGAAACGAUGGAAUUUUCGUUGAACUUCAACACGUGGAUACAGUUGGAGAGCGAUACGGAGGAACAAGUCUCUGAAUGCUUAACACGACUCAUCAUACAGGACUAUUCAGAGUGUUUGAACCCGAACAAUUUGCGCCACGUUCUGAAUCCUAAUGAGCUCCCAUCAAUCUCCACAACCUCUCGGGAAGAACUGCAGUCAACCCUAGAAUACCUGCUCAACCAGCAAGCCUCCGGUAAACGCCAAAGGACAAAUUCCACACGCCAUCCUUCCAAUUACCUCUCGCCGAAAGACUUGCACCACCUGCUGUCAACCAACGAGAACUACGUUACCCCGAUUAGGAAGCUCGAAAACUACGAGUUUUUCCAACUUAUGACGGAAAACAGCCGGCGCUAUGAUCCCGGAAUGAACCGGCCCAGCGAUGACGAAGAGGACAAUCAGCGAUCCACCCAGGUCAUCAACCGUUCGUGCAAUCCGGAGUUGAUCGGUAUGUUGAAAGGUUGUCUCAACAACUGAGAACGGUAGGUUAUGGAUGUUUCAAUACUUGUUUUUAUUUUCCGAAUGGUUCCCAUGGGUAAUGAAUUGUACAAAAAACAGUUCAACUUCUAGCAGAUUAAAAAUGAUGAAAAUGUGUUUCUCUGGAGUUUGAUUUUGUUAUUUAGAUUAAUAUUUUAGCUUAAGAUGAGUGGUUGUAUAU